AAUCAGAAGACAGAGGACAUAAAUCCAAAGCGUUCAUUUUUGAGGGCGGUGUACCUCAAUUUCUAUUUCCGAUUCUUUUGAGGAAGGAAAAUUAGCCGCAUUUUUACGAUGAGGGCAAGCAUUUUGCUUGCUUGUGUCUUAUUCGGCGCAUUCGUGCUGAACUCCGAGGUGUCAUGCAUGUUCAUCUCGGAACAAGACAGCAGCAGCAGCCAAGAGGACUCUUCCGAGGCCACGAUGUCCGACGAGCUGGUAGAUAUCGACAGCCUAUUCGACGAGCAGACUGAGCUUCAUGGCGAUGACCCGAGCCCACCCGCCGCAAGCGACGAUAUGCCGCUUCCCGCAAGCGACGACGCCCCAUUCUGGGACAAUAUUGGGGACGAUGAUAUGCCCAAUAACGACGCACCCAAGAGCUUCGACCAGAUAUUCCGAGAAAUCAGAGAAAGCAACAAUGGUUCCUUCGACUUCGUCCAGGAUGACGGGACAUUGUUGAUGGAGCUGGACAUUCGAUACAAGAGGGAGACAUAUGAUGAUCUGAUCAAUAAUGGAGGCAUUGAAGCAACCUUCGGACUGUCCCAGUUUGACACUGGCAACAGACGAUCUCGCUUUAAACGGAAAGCAAUCAGGAACAAAAAAUGGACCAACAACGUCGUACCAUACCAAAUGUCUAAUAUUUUCUCGUAUUCUGACCGCUCAGUCAUCACGGCAGCGAUCAAUGACUACCACCGCUACACGUGUAUCAGAUUCAGAGCAGCCACAUCAAGAGACCGGAACAAGAUUAGCAUUCAGAGCGGAAGUGGGUGUUCCUCCUACGUCGGCAUGAUUGGGGGUACCCAACCAGUCAGUCUGGCAAGCGGUUGCCGAAUCAAAGGCAUCGUGAUUCACGAGCUCGGUCACGCGAUCGGAUUCAACCACGAGCAGACGCGACCAGACCGUGAUAACUACGUCACGAUCUACAACCAAAACAUCGUCAGCGGCAUGGAGUUCAAUUUCAAUAAAUACACGACACAGGCUAUUGACAGUAUGGGGGUGCCGUAUGAUUAUAGCAGCGUCAUGCAUUAUGGAGGAACGGCAUUCAGCAAGAAUGGUCGCUACACGAUAGUGGCAAAGGACCGCAACUACCAAUCUCGGAUGGGCAACAGAGCCGGCUUCAGUUUCAGCGAUAUCAAACUGGCCAACCUCCGUUAUAACUGUAAUUCGCGCUGCGCUGCGAAGCGAUGCCCUGGCGAAGGGUUCGUCGGCCCUGACUGCAAGUGUUGGUGUCCCGGUACAACUACGGAUCCCAUCAGGCAGUGCUCCGGAACCGGUGAAGUAGUCACCACAACACCGACGCGACGAACAACUCCAGCACCAACAAAUGGUUGUAACACUGACCGGGCCGCCAGUUGCGCCACCUAUAAGACUCGUGGGUACUGCUGCAAGAACCACCAACACUAUGGAUAUAUGAGCAGGAACUGCAAGAAGACGUGCAACAUUUGUAAUGGAGGUGCUGGAUCCUGUACAACUACCACUAAUUGCGCGGACAAAGGUCAACAUUGUGCCUAUUGGUCAGGCCAGGGUUAUUGCAGGUCAUCCAGUUCGUACGCCGACUUCAUGAGGACCAACUGCGCCAAGACCUGCAACCAUUGCCGCUCAACAACGACAACGACAACGACAUCAAACUGCCAAGAUAAGAGCACCAACUGUUCGAAUUGGACGAGGAGCGGUUACUGUACAAGUAGCUACUACCGCUCUUGGAUGAGCCAGAACUGCAAAAGAUCUUGCAGACUUUGUCAAUAGGCGGCGAUUGUCAGCAAUGGUCGUCCGAUAUCCCGUUAUCAACGGUCUUCGAAUUCUCCAAGACAGAUUCAAGACCGCCUCACCACACUACACUACGUCGGAGUAUGCGCCUUCACACUGGACGGAGUGAAGGUGGCGCCCAGGCAUGGAAUGCCCGCGGCCCAACGGCCAGAACUGGUGCAAUGCCGAUGGCCCUCUAUGGACAAAGUGGGGACGGGUACAAUACACUGUAAGGAUAUUGUACAAAUAUAGUGUGAGAAGUCUCUUUACGCAAUUACUUGUUACAUUGACAAUUCCUUUCGGGAAAUUCUGCAUCGUUUGCGAUUUAUAACAUCUCCCUGGGCGAAGGCUGGUCUGCCAACUCUAAGGAAUUCCAUAUUUAAAGCUGAUCUGGUCCUUAAAUAACUGAAAGCUUGCUGCUACAUGUAUCAUCGCUUGAAAAUUUAUCAUAUUCAUUCGGAUUCCAGCUUUGGUCGUUUCAGGUGUAUUUGAACACCACUUCAGCUUUAACAGUAUGGUGCAUAUUAUGAUCCCUUCCUAAAUAUAUUGUAGUGGUUUGUGUGUAAGCUCAUGUAUGGUAAUAUUUUGAAAAAGAAGAAAAUUAUAUUAGUAAAAUACUA